CACCCUUCCGCCUCCCUCCUUCCUCGUCGCCCAUUCUCAGUCCUCUUCGCCAUCGCAAUCUCUCCGACGUCUCUCUCUCUCUCGCUCGCCGGAGCUCACAGUGGCUGAGUUUCAUGAAUCAAAGCUCUCCCAGAAAUCCAUAGUCUCCGCCGCUUCUUCUUCUUCGUCGUCGCUUUCUGUCACGAUUCCAGACCAUAAUCACCAUUUUUCCACCAGAUUUUCCUUCAAUUCAUCGCACUUUCCUGCCUUGAGAAUCGUAAUUCCUCUCCCACUUCCUUCCAUGUUCUCAAAUCCAUUCGUUCUCUCUUUCUCCCUCAUCCUUUCUCUCCCAAUCCUCUUCCUUCUUGCUCCUCGAUUCAUCCCUUCAAGGCCGCAAUCCAUUCCAAUCCCGCCGCCUGAUGAGAACGACGAUCUCUUCCUCUUCAGUCGCGCCUCCGCCGGAUCUAAUGCUAACAAUCCAUCAACCUUCUCUCAUCUCUCUUCCACCAAUCCGAAAUUGAAGAUUGCCUUCCUGUUUCUUACUAAUUCCGACCUCCAUUUCGCUCCUCUUUGGAGUCGUUUCUUCCCUAAUAACUCUGAUCUUUACAAUAUUUAUGUUCAUGCCGAUCCUUCCGUUAAUAUUUCGCGCCCUGGUGGCCCUUUUCUAGGGCGUUUUAUUGUUUCGAAGCGGACUUAUCGUGGUUCUCCAACUCUCAUCUCUGCCACGCGCCGCCUUAUCGCGACGGCGAUGAUUGAUGAUCCGGCUAAUGCGUACUUCGCUCUCUUGUCUCAGUAUUGUAUUCCUCUUCAUUCGUUUUCUUAUGUCUAUAAUUCUCUGUUUUCUUCGACGACUUUUGAUUCAAUCUCCACUGAGUCCGAGCUUACCCGGAUAGGUGUGCGGAUUCGAUUCAAGAGUUUUGUGGAGAUUGUCUCGAAAGAACGGCAUCUCUGGAAGAGGUAUAAUGCCAGGGGUCGAUUCACGAUGAUGCCUGAGGUCCCGUUUGAGAAAUUUCGUGUUGGAUCUCAGUUCUUCGUGUUGACUAGAAAGCACGCAUUGGUGGUUGUUAAUGAUCGGACGUUGUGGAAGAAAUUUAGGAUUCCUUGCCGAAGUUCUGAUGAUUGUUACCCUGAAGAACACUAUUUUCCAACUCUUCUUUCGAUGAAGGAUCUGAGUGGCUGCACACAGUACACGCUAACUCGGGUUAAUUGGACUGGAACUGCUAAUGGGCAUCCUUAUACUUAUCGGAGUUCAGAAGUUUCUCCUAAGCUUAUUCACCAGCUACGGAAAUCCAAUUAUUCAGAAUCUUACUUGUUUGCCCGGAAAUUCACACCGGAUUGCUUGAGACCGCUGAUGGGUAUGGCAAAGUCUGUGAUUUUCAGAGACUGAGACCUGUUACUGGUUAAAGACAAAAGAAAUGAUGUCGGGCCAGUGCUGUAGCUUUACUUCUUGAUAAGGAAGAAGAAAAAGAAAAAGUUGUGUGUGGGAAUAUGGCUAUGAAGAGGCGCCAAAGUGCCCACAGCCUGUAAGCCCACAAUCAUCCAGAGAAGUGCCAGUCCAGACAAAGCUUCGGACAAAGCAUAGUUCGGGAAGAGAUACGAGUGAAACAAAAUGCAAGGUACUCUCGUCGAAAGCUGUAUUAUAUUAAUAAUUUCUUCCACUUUUUGUUCCUUGUAUUUUGAUUAUGUAACAGUAGUUACUGGCGGAAGAACUUGGAAAAAAAAAAAAGAAUCAAUUCUCCUGUCAUUUCUAAGGUUUCUUUCUUGUACAUAUGUAACAUCAUGGAAGGUUUGAAGAAUGGAAAAGGAUUAUUGGGUCACUGGGAAUUAUGAAGGUUGUCAUGCUUCUAUGCUCUUUCA